UCCCUUCUAUAUCUGUGCUGUGAUUGGCUGCGUGCAGCCAUCAGUCAUGCAGGUGAGGGCAGCUCUGGUUUGGGGUUGCGGGCAGGUUGGCCUCAGGUUCGGAGAUCUGGCUGUCAGACAGAGCGCUGGUUGUAGGUUUUGGGGUUUAGUUGGGUUUCAGCCUCUUUGACCACCACCAACAACCUCUGCAGCCCACACACAACUUUAGGUUUCCAUGGCUUCAAACAGUCUGUUCAGCAGCAGCAGCAGUCCGAUGCUGUACUGGGAUCCAGUGGGGAAAUGUAGGUUGGCGCAAUCACCUGCCAACCGCCAACUCAAUGAGCAGGAGGAUAGACCUUUUCACCACUGCAGCACAGCGCCUCCUAGAGGCCUGGUGCGGACUGACAGCCCAAACUUCAUCUGCAGUGGCCUGCCACAACACUGGAGGUGUAACAAGACCCUGCCAAGAUCCUUCACUGUGGUUGCUCUUGGCAACGAUGUGCCAGAUGGUGUGGUUGUGACAGUGAUGGCGGGCAAUGAUGACAACAACAGCGCUGAGCUACGCAAUGCCACAACAACUAUGAAGCAAGGUUAUGCCCACUUCAAUGACCUCCGCUUUAUUGGUCGCAGUGGCAGAGGCAAGAGUUUCACCCUGUCAAUAAAUGUGAUGACUUCGCCUCCUCAGAUUGCCACCCUGCACAGAGCAAUCAAGAUCACCGUGGAUGGACCUCGGCUGCCAAGACGACAGAGACAAAAGGAGCUGAAGCCAGGAGUAUUCAGGUCUUCCAGCUCCAGCAUUAACAGCAGCAGCACAGGCUCAUCAGACUGCAGGUCCUUGUCCUCCACUCUGUGGACCAAUGAGCCAACGUAUUUGGGUCAGGUGACCUCUCUUACAUCGCCCUUUACUCCAUCACCUAGAAUACACCACCUGCCUGUUCUCCCAUACUCCACUCAGCCUCCUCCGAACAGCUCCUACCUGGCGUCUCCCCCUGCUCCCCCUCCAUUGAGCCACAGUGGUUCAUUCCAGCCAAGCAGCUUCUACUACGGACCGAACCAACCGCUCCAAACCAUGGGAGAGGAGCGAAACAUCAUCACAGCUCUGACUAAUUACAUAGAUGGGGCGUGUCUUUCCAUGAGAGGGGAGGAGCCUGUCUGGAGACCUUACUGA